CACAACACGUAUGUACUAGCAAAGGAUAAAAUGACACUUGUUAGAACCAUAGUACGGUUCCGCCAAAGUUACGUUCUACAGUUGGAAUCUGUUUGUCGAACGUUAUUUUAUUUUUAAGAUUUUGCGACUUUAUGUUUUUGGCGCGCUCAAGUAAGAACGUAGGGCUAGGUACUCAAGGUUUCUUUUCUCUCAGGGCUCCAUUGCUGUGAAGAUCGAUUUUUGAAAAAAGCAUUGUCUUUCGGAGAUUAUUCCACCAUGGCGUCCCCUUCGAACCCGUUUUCACAGCUGGGCACGAAACUCGGCGCCCUUCUCGCACUCACGGCGGGCAUCGGCGUGCUCUAUUCUGGGCCAGACAGCAGCAAAUUGUUUUUCUGGCACCCGUUUUUCACGAUAUUAGCCGUUCUUCCGCUCGCCACGAGCGGAAUCUUCGUCAAUGUAUACAACUCGAAGAUACGGACUGGAGGGAAAGUAGAAGACCGGGAAGCUGCUCCUGUUGCGUCAGGAGGAGCAGAAGGAGCUGCUUCAACGGAAAAAACACGAGAUCACGAGGAAAAGAAACCCCAACAGCGCUUGGCCAACUUGUGGCACAACUUGCUCUUAAUUUCAGCCACCGUGGCAAUGUGGAGUGGGUACUACGUCAUUCACACAAACAAGGAAAUAAACGGCAAACCGCACCUCACCACGCUGCAUGGCCGCUUGGGCUUCAUCGUUCUCAUCGCCUACACAACGAUAGUGCUGAGCAGCAGUCUGCCCCUCUGGGACUACCCACAGAAAAUGCCAAGCAGGGCCGUGGUACAGAAGAUAAAAGUUAUGAUACGCUUUUCGAUGGAGCUUUACGCAUGCGCAGUGCAAAUUCGCUUUCGCAAUUACCCUCGAACCAAUGAAAUUCACAACCAACAUGAUUGAAGGUUUCCACAAUGCGCCUGAUGAAGCUCUCUGUGAAGAAUUUCGCGACACUUCACCGGUAUACGGGUCGAAUACUUUACCUAUAUCCUGUGCAAAAGUAUCGUAUUCGUAUUGCAAUCAUGCAUUACAAAUCUUUUUUUUAAGGAUAAGGUAAAUCCGCAUUACAAAUUUUGUUUCUCAUGCUGAGGAAAUGGAAAUUUGUAAUGCAUUUAUACGAAUACGAUACUUGUGCAGUUCAUAACCUAGCGGCGAUAGCAACGAUGGCGACAUAUCCUGUGCAAAAGUAUCGUAGUCGUACUAAUUGUAAAUAUGCAUGACAAAUUUUCUUCCUAAGGUAAAACAGCAUUACAAAUUCCACUUUUCUUCUUGCCAAAAUUUGUGAUGCAAUUUAUACUAGUACGAUGCUUUUGCAUUCGAUACGACAGGGUGGUGGACCAUUCACGCAGCGUCAAAUGUGAAGUAUGCCGCUUCCCUCUUUGCGCUUCCGAUCUUGGGAUUGCUCUACUGA